AUGGUUGAUCUUACAUCGAAGGGAGCAUCUGCCGUAGGGGCUGCAUCUCACGCCGUUCAGAGUCUCGCAAAACGGAUUAACAUUCCGUUCACGGCUACUAGUCCUCCCGGCUUGAUCGCAGCUAAUACGCUGGACCCAUGGAAUAAAGCUGGGAAGUACGCGCUGGCAUGGACUUACUUUCCGGUGAUUAUAGUCUGCCUAGUCGCAAUAACUAGAGCAUACCACCUUUGGACCGACAAGCUGCGACAAGCGUACCACAAAAAUGAAGUUGAGAAGCAAUUAGUACGCUACUACCAACAACAGCAUGAUGAAUAUACUAUGACGAAUAUUCAUACUGGGGGAUCAGAACAGCAAUUUUUCCCUGCGACGACUCUUGACGAGAAGCCAUAUAUCGCUGUAACAAAGGGGUCUCACUGGUCAUCAAUUGCAUUGAUAAAUGACACAUUAGCACUGUUUAGAUGGGUGUUCUAUCGUCCAAUUCCAGAACUCCGAUACAAGAAAAAGCUUAUCACCGCAUUUCCAUCCUUGGCGGUUGUCGCUUUGCUGAUAAUUGGCCUUAUCUUUGUAACACUUCAAUGUUUCUUGCCCCAGCCUCUCUAUUGGGAAAGCAUUCGCUAUGGAUCCCCCCCACUGGCUGUUAGAGCAGGAAUGAUGUCUGUGGCGAUGACCCCAUGGUUGAUUCUCACAGCUAUGAAGUCCAAUUUAAUAUCUUGGAUAACAGGAAUAGGUCAUGACCGACUUGGCGUCUUUCAUCGAUGGGGAGGCUACUUGUGUCUCUUCUUGGCUCUUGUGCACACGAUUCCCUUUUACAUACAACCUGUAUGGGAUGAUGGAGGAAUGACAGUUUUCGGAAAACUUUUUCCAGCCAGCCGUGGCAUUAUCUAUGGGACUGGAAUCGCUUGCCUGGCACCACUCGGAUGGCUCGUUAUUGGAUCCUUGCCAAUCGUCCGAAGGCUCGCAUAUGAACUAUUUGUAGUUCUCCAUAUCCCCGCAGCGGUUGUUUAUGUGGCAAUGCUGUUUUGGCAUACCAAUAACUAUCUCACUUCCUGGAACUACCUUUAUGCAACCGUCGCCAUAUGGGCUUUAGCUUAUCUUACACGUGUUGGUAACUUAAACUGGGCAAAACCAUGGAGAAAUUCAUUUUUGAUUGGUGACGAAGCUGCUAUCACGCUGAUGGCUGAGAAUGCAAUCAAGGUCACCGUUCCAACGCAAAUGAAGUGGAGACCCGGUCAAUACGUCUAUCUCCGUAUGCCUGGAAUUUCCGUAUUCGAAAACCAUCCCUUUACCAUUUCUUCUCUUUGCAGUGAAGACUUCCCAUCCGAGUAUGGAGAGCAAUAUAGGGACUGUACCAUGGUAUUCAGACCAUUUGGAGGUUUUACUAAGAAAGUUCUCGAAACUGCGACCCACAAUGGCCCCUUCAAAACAUAUCGUGCUUAUCUAGACGGGCCAUACGGCGGUAUGCAACGAGAACUUGCCGCAUUCGACACUGUCAUUUUGUUCGCUGGUGGGAGUGGUAUCACGGCAAUCGUUUCACAAUUACUAAAUCUAAUCAAGAGGAUGAGGGACGGUAAGGCAGUCACUCAAAAGAUUGAAGUUGUGUGGGCAUUAAAAAGACUGGAAUCCAUGGAUUGGUUCAGAGAGGAGCUUAGAAUUUGCCGGGAAUAUGCACCUCCUGACACUAUCAAUUGUCAAUUUUUUGUGACGACUGCAAAGCGAUACUCAAAGAUAGAUGUUGCCGGACGAGCUCAAAGACCGCUAAGCACAGCAUUCCACGAUAAAUUAGACGGUUUUGUAGCGGGCAUUGCGUCUAAACGAAACUCGGCUCUCAUUCGUGAUGAAGCUCAAGGCAAUGAAGAGAGGGAAAGGGAGUUAAGAAUGGAAGAUGAAGAUGCUAUAACAUCGUUGCCACACUCGAAACAUCUACAGCCAAGAGUAUACCCCAAUGUACAAACUUCAUUUCCUCCACCACCCACAACAGAGUCUAAGUCAAAGAACUCAGAAAAAAGACGUUCUCUGUUAGCAACACUCUCCCCAGAUUCUCACGACGCCACUCGAAAAUUCUUGUCGCCACUAGGAUUUGCUACGAAACCACAAAGCGAUUCUAAAGAAUCAUUCCAUUUUCCAGUACCACCACAAAAGCUGGAUGCUCCUCAUUUUCAAUACGCUCCGCCUUCAGCGAAUCCCAAUCGAGCUAGCUUUGUUCCUGAUACAGCACGCAAUAGUUAUAAUCCUCAGGACCACAUUGACGAUCCAGCAGAAGCGUAUAAUGCUGACAUGCAAUCCUCAGAGGAAGGUCAACUCUCAGACCAAUUCGCACCUCGAGAAUUUGCACCUACACCUCCAGCAAAAGAUACACCCAAGUUGUCAAAUGAGGUAGAAACUACGCCCUCUCUGAAGCCCCCACAACCUGCUCAUUUGCGGCAAAGAUCUGAAGAAUUAAAGCUUCAAAUUCCACAGUCAAAUUUUCAACACAGCAUUCCAGAUCCAACCUUUGACUUUGGCUUUCCUUCAACACCUACCUUAUUCCAGAAGAAUCUGAUGCGUUUUGCUUUUGUCGCACCUAAGAAGAAGGAGGGUUGGACUACUGAAUAUGGUCGACCUGAUCUAGGAUAUAUGUUGAAAGAGAUGGCCACCGGAGGACCUGACGGGCAUGGUAUCUUUGGGAGGAGAACAUGCGUUUUCGUUUGCGGCCCUCCUGAAAUGCGUAUUAAUGUAGCAACUACGGUGGCUAAGCUGCAAGCGGAUAUCUGGGGCGAUGACAGUAAAGACGAAAUAUUUUUACAUACGGAGAAUUAUGCCAUUUGA